GGGGUGAGCCAAUGAGAGGGUCGGAGAGGCUGCGAGCUGGGCGGGAUGUGCUUGUCCAAAGAAGUUGGGUGGCAGGCAUUUGCCCCACAGUUACCCCCUCGGUUGCUCCGCUGGAUGGUUCCCUCAGAGCCCGGGGAAGGGAAGGGAAGGGACGGGACGGCAGGGAGAAGGUGGACGAUGAGAGGGACAGUAAACUGAUGCCGGAGGGCCGAGUCCAAGAUGGCGGCAGCGGCAGCGGCAGCGGCAGCAGCGCUCGCUGUGGAUCAACGUUACGGGCUGUCGUGUGGGAAAGAGAAUCCCGGCAAAAUCACCGUAUUUCAUGUUAAAUUGACAGAGACAGCCUUUCGAGCGCUGGAAGCCUUUCAAAACGCAAAGAAUUCCUCUAUCUCGCAACCAACAAUACAAUUCCAAGGACUUCAAGGGUUGAUAAAGAUUCCAAGAACAGAUAACCAUAAUGAAGGACGAAAUUUUGAUUUUUAUGUAUCCAAUGUUGGAAAAGAUAACCCUCAGGGAAGCUUUGAAUGUGUUCAGCAGUAUGUCUCCAGUGAUGGUGUUGCAGAACUGGAUUGCUCUGGGAGCAUACAGGAUAAAAUUACAAUAUGUGCAACAAAUGAUUCUUAUCUGAUCACUCGAGAACGCAUGACUCAAGCAGAGGAGGAAACCCGUAGUCGAAGUACCAAAGUUAUUAAACCUGGUGGGAGAUAUGUAGGUAAACGAGUGCAGAUUCGUAAACCAGCACCAGGCAUCCCAGAUGCUGUACCUGAACGGAAACGGUCAACCCCUAUUAAUCCUGCAAGUACACUAAGGAAAUGCAUCAAUGCAAACAGUGUUUCCCAACGGUCAUAUAGGGAUAGGGCGAUCCACUUAUUGGUACUAAAACCUUUCAAGAAACCUGAGCUUCUGGCUCGAUUACAGAAAGAUGGUGUUAAUCAGAAAGACAAGAAUUCCCUUGGACCAAUUCUACAACAGGUGGCUAAUAUAAACCCAAAAGACAACUCCUAUACUGUGAAAGAUUUUGUGUAUAAGGAGGUCCACCGGGACUGGCCUGGCUACUCGGAAGAGGAUCGGCAGUUAUUUGACAAAGUGGUUUCCAGGAAAUUAUCUCAGCUGCAGAAUUCCAACAGCCAUUCAACAGAACCUGUUCCAUCAAGCUCCCCGAAAGGUAGAGAAUCUGCAUCCCCAUCAGAGAAGCGAUUGCUACCUUCCGAUUUCAUUGAUCCGCUAGCAAGUAAGAAGCCCAGGAUAUCUCACUUGACCAAUCGUGUACAGCCGACCUUUAAUGGUGAUUUAAAUCCCUCCAGUGAGAAAAGCACUAUUACUGCACCAGUCGUCCUUCCUCAUCCUCCACCUCCACCAGCUUCUCCCCCUGCACCACCGCCUGUGCCACUUCCAGUUUCAAAUGUUCAUACUGUGAAUUCUAACUCCAAUUCCCCAUGCACACCUGAAGGAAGGGGAACUCAAGAUUUGCCAAUUGAUGUCAUUGGCCAAGCUGAUGAGAGAUAUGAGGACCAGCAAGAAAAGCAUAUCUCUAGGACUACAGUGGAAAGUCCACCACACCAAACAAAGUGCUCGGAAAUUAUCAAUAAGGACUGUUCUUCUAAUGGAAAAUUUAAAAAGAAAGCUAAAAAACACAAAGACAAGGAAAGAGAAAAGGAAAAGAACCAAGUGAAAAAUGAGUGUGAUAGCAGAGAAUAUAGAGGUGAAAUUGGAGAGCACAAACCCAUUAAAGUUAAGGAUGCCAAUUCUGAUUCAGCAUUGAACAUAAAGUGCACUGGUUCCAGCAAUUCUACAUUACCAACCAAAAAACCUGACUAUUUGGUCAAAUAUGCAACUAUUGUGUCACAUGAACAGAGACAAAACUACAAAGAGGACUUUAAUGCAGAGUAUGGUGAAUAUCGAAGUUUGCAUGCCAGAUUAGAGAGGGUAACCAAGCGAUUUUUGCAAUUGGAUGCAGAACGGAGGCGUCUCUCUCCUAACACUGAAGAGUACAAGGUUAUUGAUGAAGAAGUUUUGCAAGAAUACUGGAAAAUUACAAAGAAUAGUCCCAACUACCAUGAAGAGAAACAAAGAUGUGAAUAUCUGCAUAACAAGCUGGCUCACAUAAAGAGACUAAUAGCUGAUUAUGACCAGCAACAACAGCAGUAAUGGCAUUACAACUCGCUGGACAUUUGCAAUAUUGACACGUGAUUAGAAGGAGAUGUGUAAUAAGCUAAUUUAUUUUGAAUUUUUGGGAAACAUUAUACUAGGAAUGGUGUCUGAAAUUUCUGAAUGUUUUCAGAGGUUUUAUUAUUUUGAGUUCUGUUACUUCCUGAAACACCUGAACUAUGCCACACCCUUCUUGUGAAAUGCUUUUUGUUUUAGAAUUUCCAUCCUUUUUACUCAUUUACUCAUUUUUGUUUAUUCAAAUUCAUCACAUUAGACAAAAUACUUGGACUGACCUUUAUCUCCUGAUUUGAUUUGUACAUUAACAAUUGAUAGCACUAACAAACACUGCAACAGUUGAAUCAGUACAUGUAUGUAAAACUUUCUAUGUAUUUUACUGAUUUAAACAUUUGCCUUAAGUGAUGGAAGCUUCCUAAGGCAAUUUGCACCUUCUUGGAGUAUUCAUAGAAAUGUUGGGAGAUUUAAAGAAUGAACAAAAUGACGGGCACCACAAACUGCCUGAAUCUUUACAAUGUGCUGCAAUUUCAAACCAUAGGCUAAAAUGAAUACAACAUUAUCAGCCCCUGUGCCCCAUGCCUUAAAAUAUUUGCUUAUGUAUACUUAAUAUAGUGACCAUUAGCCACAUAAGGCUUCCCAUUUUCCGAUGCAAUUGGGAAACUAACAGUGGCCUUUCUUUCUUGUUUGUGUGUGUGUGUGUGUGUCUCUCUCUCUCCCUGUGUGUGUGUCUGUGUAUGUGUGUGUGUGUCUGUGUGUGUCUCGAGAGGUAAAAGAGAAAUCUACUCUCAGUAACCAAAUGCUCAGGACAAAACACCUGUGUUACUGUAGGUAUUUUCCGAUAAAUGUACCACUUCCUCGGAAAUUGAAGCCUUUCCAUUUCAAGUGAUUUAUCAGCUUUAUUAACAAGGAAAUAUUGCUAUCGUGCAAAAUUUGAAAGAGAUCUAUAGUUUUGGGAAAAUUAAUCUUCAUGUAGGAGACUUAUUUGUAUACUACUUUAAAGUAUUUUUGGAGAAAAAAAAUAUAUACAAAGAACCAGUCACCUGCAUGUACUAGUUUAUUUAAGAUAUGUUCUCCUGUGCCAGAAAUUAAUUGAAAACAUGUAUUUAACAACACUGCAACCAUCAAACAGCACAAAGAAAUUAUUUGAAUUUGUGAAGCCUCUGUACUUAAACCAGUGCAUUGUAUUUCAGUUGAUAUAAUGGAUAAUGUAUCAUGUGGGAACAUUUAAGUUAUUUGGUUGAAAGAUGAAAUGUUUUGGAUAAAUAUUAAGAUGAAUAAUUUGUAUUUCUCUGUCUUUUCAAAAUGCUGCCAAUUGAAAGUGGAAGCAUUAUGUUUACAAAUGAAUCUUGGAAAACUUGCCAAAUUGUUUGGUUGAAUCUGGUCAAAUUCUGUUAUCUUCAGCCAUGCUGUACCUAUAGUACCUGCUCUUCUAAUCUAAAUUUAGGUGCGAAUGAAAACAAGGCCAAAUUAUUCAUGGCAUCCAUCCGGUACUCUUCACUGAAGUGAUUCACACUGAGCUUGAUUUGCACUUCAGUCAUUUUAUAUGGAUGGUUUAUUCCCGUUUUAGACAUUCUCUAUUCCACAAAAGAAGAUUAUUUGUCAAAUAGUUAGAACUAUUAUGUUAGAUGCAUUUGCAUUCAUAAUUUAUGGAUCCAUUAUCUACAAAAAGCUUAAAUCAUCAUAUCCUGAUUUGGAUAUGUUUUUAUCAUUAUUCAAAUAGACCCGAAGUCAGGAAACUACUAUCUACAUUGAUAAAUUGUAUUAUCAAUGAUGCAGGAUAGUAUUUGACACCAGCAAUGUAAUUAUUACUUAAUUUUAAAUUUAAUUUAUGGUAUGUUGCUUCGUACAUCUCAUGCAGUCAUAAACAAUCAACCAGUGAUGUUGCUUACUUGCUUUAGAUCUAUACAUCCUCAGAUCCCACAAAAUAUUAACUUACUGCAACAUCAAAACUUUGACCUGUUCUGGAAGGCUUUGAAGCCAGCUGUUAAAAUAUAAAUUGUCUUAAUUAUAAUGUCAGUCGAGAGAUUUGGAAUUUCCAGUGUUGCAAUCACUGUCGCAUGUGUCUACUUCAACCGUCCCAUUAUGCAAUGAGCAUGUGCUUAAAUGUUAAUUUUGAGAAUUGGUAACUUUUAGUGUUAUAGUUCUCUAAUGUCUGUGAAGUUACUCUGGUGCAAACUCUGAAACGUGAGAUAUUUCUAGUACUGACUACUUGUCCAAAAUUAAAAUUAAAUUUAAUUGGCAGUUUCAUGGGUAUUUACAAUUUUAUUAGAAUAAGUGCCAUGCUGUUAACCAUUUUGGGGGAAAUUAAAUUUGAGGUGCCUAACAUCACUGAGUUGCCUGUUUUUUUGUUUUUUUAAGCUGUUCAACAAUAACUGAGUAAUGCAAAUGUAGCCUUGCAAAAUUUGCAGGUCUUUUGUGAUAGGAUGAAGAUUUUGUGAUAGGAUUGCAGAUUGGUCUGCAACCAGAUUUUUUUCAUAUCAGUUCCAUGGAUGUUAGAGUGCCUGUAAAUCCAAAUCUUUGUUAGCAAACUUCCUUUGUAAAAUGAAGGGACAUGUCCAUAAACACUAAUAACAUAUGGUUAGGGAACUUUUGUAUUUUUAUGUAUAAUUACAGUUUGACUCUAAUUUUUGAUUCUAUUUAGAGGAUCCCAAUUUUGAUUCGAUGCCAAAUUCAAACCUCAAACCACAAAAUACUUCAGCACUUGUUCCUUAGCAACCACACUAAAGUAGAUUUUUAGCAUUAAAAGUUAUAUUGCAAUUUGAUUUGAAUUUCGGAAACCAUUCUGCAGUUGUUGUAGCAAAUUUAAAUAUUAAUUGACCACACUGUUUACACCAAAGCUGCCUUCACCAAUUUAAAAUGUGUUGUGUAGCACCUACUGGAUUGAUGCUUUGUGCAGGAGCCCAGUACUUGUCUUAAUUUAUUCAGUUUUGUGUACUUGGUAAUCAGUACUUUAAAGCAUGAAGAUGUCUUGCUUUUUACAUCUAAUCCAUUAAAUUUUUGGAAAGAUGUUAGUUGUACUGUAAAAUUGGUGUGUUCAAGCCUUUGUUGAAACAAGCAUACAUUAUUGCAAGUGUCUGUCUUAUCUCCAAUGAGUUGCAUUGCAUAUUAGAGGCCUGACCUCAUAUGUUGUAUAAUAGUUCAAAAAAAAUGCUCCAAUAUUUUUUUUUGUGUUACAUUGUUUUUGUACAUUUCAAUCAAAGUUCUCUGUUGGAAAAUAGAAAUCACUGUUCCAAAAUCACAUUCAAGUGCCCCAUUUCUAAUUUAAAAUCAAAGCAGUGGAUGACAAAUUGUAAUCAAUGCAAGAUGUUCAUCAUUGACACAGUGGCAACAUAUGUAGCACCUAAAUAGAUAUUUAAUGUCCACUUAGUUUCAACAAACUCAAAAACUUUGCAAUUAAUUCAAAAAAUAAAGAUGGCUUUUUCAAAAUUAUAACAAAUGCUAUAUACUUGCAUAUAGAAUAUUUGUAUUAUACUAAUACAAAGACCUUGGUAUAAACAUAUCACAGUAUUUAAUUUUGAGAAAAAUUAGUAAAGUGAAAUUUCAAUCCUUGUAAAACAAUUUAUUUGAAACUGAUAGCUUCCAUGUUCCUAGCCCCCAAAAUAAAUUCUUGUAGUAUUUCCAUUUUAUGUAUGUCGUUCUUAUAGUCUUGGUAUUAAAGUGUGCCAGGUAAAAUGAUUGACUUAAUGCUUUGAAAUCCUCAUUGAUAAUUUUAUUAUCUUCCUUUCAUAUCCCCGAUAAAUGCAGUUAAAAGCCAGUUGUUCAAGUUGUUUGGGAAACACAUGCUACACUUGAUAAGAAUGGAUGGAAUUAAAACCUAACAGGAAUGUGUAAAAUUCUCAUUGGCCUCUUAUAGCAGUUGUGAAUGUCUUUGAUUUUGGAAUUGCACAGUAAAUCUUUAGUUUGGACCAUUGAAACUGGAAAUACCGCAGGAGUGUUUAUACUGAUUUAAAAAAAAAUGAGCCACAAUGCCUCCAUUCCACAUGUAAUGUAAGCAGUUUAUUUAAAAUAUACAUUAAAAUGUCAACUUUGCAUAUG